CGAUGGCGAUGAAUUGGGGACGAUGGGGGUAGCUGGUAACUACUACCAAGCCACGCCCACCAAAGAAAAAAGAAAGAAGAAGAUGAAAAGGGUAGCCAGCUACCACGUGGUUCCUCUCAUAAGUCACAUUAAAAGCCCGUUAUUACUUACGACAACAAACUAAAACCAACCCGCCUUCCUUUUCCUUCCCUUUCCUUCUUCCUCAUCAAGACAACCUUCACUUCCCCUUCUUCCCAUCUUGCAUUAAUUCCGAUUCACGCUUCACAUAAGCUCUUAAACGCUCUACUUCUUCAUGAUCAGUCAAUCGAAUACAAAUUGAACAUCUGGGUUCAGCUCCUUUUCUACUCUAUUCACGGGGAGGUGGGUACUAACUAAUAACCAUGUCUGAAGCUCAAAGGCAGCCACUUUUGAUGGGUAUCAGACGUGGUAGUAAUGGGUAUAUGAAUGGAUUACUUCCACCAAAAUCGCCCAUGACACUACCAGAAGUGGAUGAUUUCUGUCAUGCCCUAGGUGGAAAGAAGCCAAUUCAUAGUAUAUUGCUAGCUAAUAAUGGAAUGGCAGCUGUGAAGUUUAUAAGAAGUGUCAGGACAUGGGCUUAUGAGACAUUUGGUACUGAGAAAGCGAUUUUGUUGGUUGCCAUGGCUACACCGGAAGACAUGAGGAUCAAUGCUGAACACAUUAGAAUUGCUGAUCAGUUUGUUGAGGUUCCUGGAGGAACAAACAAUAACAAUUACGCUAAUGUGCAGCUUAUCGUCGAGAUGGCGGAGAUAACACAUGUUGAUGCUGUUUGGCCUGGCUGGGGUCAUGCUUCUGAAAAUCCAGAGCUUCCGGAUGCUUUGAAUGCUAAAGGAAUAGUAUUUCUUGGACCUCCUGGUGUUUCCAUGGCUGCUUUAGGAGAUAAAAUCGGGUCAUCUUUGAUUGCACAAGCAGCAGAUGUUCCUACACUACCAUGGAGUGGCUCCAGUGUGAAAAUUCCUCCCGAAAGCAGCUUAGUAGCAAUUCCAGAAGAAAUCUAUCAGCAAGCAUGUGUUUAUACAACGGAAGAUGCAAUUGCCAGCUGUCAGAUUGUGGGGUAUCCAGCUAUGAUUAAGGCUUCUUGGGGUGGUGGUGGAAAAGGCAUAAGAAAGGUUCAUAACGAUGAUGAAGUUAGGGCAUUAUUCAAGCAAGUACAGGGAGAAGUCCCUGGUUCACCUAUAUUCAUCAUGAAGGUUGCUUCUCAGAGCCGGCAUUUAGAAGUCCAGUUACUGUGUGAUCAACAUGGCAAUGUUGCAGCUCUGCAUAGUCGUGAUUGUAGUGUCCAGAGACGACAUCAAAAGAUUAUAGAGGAAGGGCCAAUCACUGUGGCUCCUCAAGAAACAAUAAGAAAGCUUGAGCAAGCGGCCAGGAGGUUAGCCAAAUCUGUGAAUUAUGUUGGAGCAGCAACGGUUGAGUAUCUUUACAGUAUGGAGACUGGAGAAUACUAUUUCCUAGAGCUCAACCCUCGAUUACAGGUGGAGCAUCCAGUCACGGAAUGGAUUGCUGAGAUAAAUCUUCCGGCUGCUCAGGUAGCAGUUGGGAUGGGGAUUCCUCUAUGGCAAAUUCCUGAAAUAAGGCGGUUUUAUGGGAUUGAACAUAGUGGAGGAUAUGAUGCUUGGAGGAGAACUUCUGUUGUUGCUACACCUUUUGACUUCGAUAAAGCAGAAUCUAUAAGGCCGAAAGGUCAUUGUGUGGCAGUGAGAGUGACAAGUGAGGAUCCAGAUGAUGGUUUUAAGCCUACUAGUGGAAAAGUACAGGAGCUGAGCUUCAAAAGCAAGCCAAACGUUUGGGCAUACUUUUCUGUGAAGUCUGGGGGAGGCAUUCACGAAUUCUCAGAUUCUCAAUUUGGUCAUGUUUUUGCCUUUGGUGAGUCCAGGCCCCUGGCCAUUGCAAAUAUGGUUCUUGGGUUGAAGGAAAUUCAAAUUAGGGGAGAAAUUCGAACAAAUGUUGAUUACACUGUUGACCUACUGCAUGCAGCUGAUUACAGAGACAAUAAGAUACAUACUGGCUGGCUGGACAGUAGGAUAGCAAUGCGCGUGAGAGCUGAAAGGCCACCUUGGUAUCUCUCUGUUGUUGGAGGAGCUUUAUAUAAAGCAUCAGCUACUAGUGCGGCUAUGGUUUCAGAUUACAUUGGUUAUCUUGAAAAGGGACAAAUUCCGCCUAAGCAUAUAUCCCUUGUCUAUUCCCAAGUUUCUUUGAAUAUUGAAGGAAGCAAAUACACGAUUGAUAUGGUGAGAGGUGGUCCAGGAAGCUAUAGAUUGAGUAUGAAUGGGUCAAAAAUUGAGGCAGAAAUACACACUUUGCGAGAUGGAGGUUUGCUGAUGCAGUUGGAUGGAAAUAGUCACGUAAUAUAUGCAGAAGAAGAGGCUGCUGGGACCCGUCUUUUGAUUGACGGAAGGACAUGCCUGUUGCAGAAUGAUCAUGAUCCAUCAAAGUUAAUGGCAGAGACUCCUUGCAAGUUGUUGAGGUUUUUAGUUUCCGACGGUAGUCAUGUGGAUGCCGAUACGCCUUAUGCAGAGGUGGAGGUCAUGAAAAUGUGUAUGCCGCUUCUUUCACCUGCUUCUGGUAUUAUCCAUAUGAAUUUGUCUGAAGGCCAAGCAAUGCAGGCUGGUGAGCUUAUUGCUAGACUGGAUCUUGAUGAUCCAUCAGCUGUAAGAAAAGCAGAACCUUUUCUUGGAAGUUUUCCAGUACUGGGUCUUCCUACUGCAAUAUCUGGAAAAGUGCAUCAGAGGCUCGCUGCAAGUUUGAAUGCUGCCAGGAUGACUCUUGCAGGAUAUGAGCAUAACAUCGAUGAAGUUGUGCAAAACUUGCUAAGUUGUCUUGACAAUCCCGAGCUUCCUUUCCUUCAAUGGCAAGAAUGCUUGUCUGUUCUAGCAACUCGCUUGCCUAAAGAUCUCCGAACAGAGUUGGAAUCCAAAUACAAAGAUUAUGAGAGCAUAUCAAACAUGCAAAAUGCUGAAUUCCCUGCCAAACUGUUACGAGGUGUUCUUGAGUCACAUUUAAGCUCCUGUCCUGAAAAAGAAAAAGGAACCCAAGAAAGGCUUAUCGAACCAUUGAUGAGUCUUGUUAAGUCUUAUGAGGGUGGAAGAGAAAGCCAUGCUCACAUUAUUGUUCAGUCCCUUUUUGAGGCGUAUUUAGUGGCGGAAGAAUUGUUUAGUGAUAACAUCCAGGCUGAUGUAAUAGAACGACUUCGACUUCAGUACAAGAAAGAUCUAGCAAAGGUGGUGGAUAUUGUACUUUCUCAUCAGGGAAUUAAGAGCAAAAAUAAGUUGAUAUUACAACUAAUGGAACAAUUGGUGUACCCUAAUCCUGCUGCUUACAGGGAUAAGCUAAUCCGAUUCUCUGCUCUCAACCACACGAAUUAUUCUGAGUUGGCACUGAAGGCAAGCCAGCUGUUAGAACAAACCAAACUAAGUGAGCUGAGAUCCAACAUUGCUAGAAGUCUUUCAGAACUUGAGAUGUUUACUGAAGAUGGUGAAACUAUGGAUACUCCCAAGAGAAAGAGUGCAAUUAAUGACCGCAUGGAGGUUCUUGUAAGUACCCCAUUAGCAGUUGAAGAUGCUCUUGUAGGUCUUUUUGAUCACAGUGAUCACACUCUUCAAAGACGGGUUGUUGAGACAUAUGUUCGUAGACUUUACCAGCCCUACCUUGUUAAAGGCAGUGUCAGAAUGCAGUGGCAUAGAUCUGGUCUCAUCGCCACAUGGCAGUUCUUGGAAGGGCAUAUUGAAAGGAAUGAUGAAUCAGAUACACAAUUGGAUAAUCAAUCCAAUAGGAAAUGGGGAAUUAUGGUCAUCAUUAAGUCACUUAGCCUUUUGCCAACUGUGAUGAAUGCCGCACUCAAAGAAACGACCCAUAGUUCAUCUGAUACCAUUUCUAAGGGGCCUGUUGUGUUAGAUAGUCAUGGAAAUAUGAUACAUAUUGCUUUAGUAGGUAUUGGUAACCAGAUGAGCCUGCUACAGGACAGUGGUGACGAGGAUCAGGCUCAGGAGAGAAUCAACAAGUUAGCCAAAUUAUUAAAAGAGAAUCAACAAGUUAGCUCCAGUCUUAGAACUGCUGGUGUAGGGGUUAUUAGCUGUAUCAUACAGAGGGAUGAAGGACGAACUCCCAUGAGGCACUCAUUUCACUGGUCAGAGGAAAGACUCCACUAUGUGGAGGAACCCUUAUUACGCCACCUGGAGCCACCUCUAUCAACAUAUCUUGAAUUGGACAAGCUUAAGGGCUAUGAGAGCACAAAAUAUACUCCAUCAAGGGACCGUCAAUGGCAUCUCUAUACAGUUGCAGAUAAGUUCAAACAUUCAUCAAUUCAGAGGAUCUUCCUCCGUACCCUUGUCAGGCAGCCUAUGUCCUACGAAGGAUUGAUGGGGACAGAUAUAGAAAUAAAUAAACUUCCAUUGACUCUGUCCUAUACAGCUAAAAGCAUCUUGAGGUCCCUUAUGACUGCCAUGGAGGAAUUGGAACUUCAUGUUCAUAAUGCCACCGUCAAAUCAGACCAUGCCCAUAUGUAUCUUUAUAUCUUGAGGGCGCAACAGAUAGAUGAUCUCCUGCCUUAUUCAAAGAGUCUGGAAUCUGAUGUUGAACAAGAGGAAGCGGCAGUUGAGACUAUCUUGGAAGAGAUGGUACAUGAAAUCCAUUCUCACUGUGGUGUCAGGAUGCAUCGUCUAGGUGUUUGUGUGUGGGAGGUGAAACUCUUGAUAGAUUCUGAAGGAGGGGCAAAUGGGGCUUGGAGGGUUGUCAUUCAAAGUGUGACUGGACACACUUCGAUUGUUCAUAUAUAUAGAGAACUGGAGGACUCAAGCAAACAAAAAGUGGUUUAUCAUUCAACCACCUCCAGAAGUGGCCCUCUUCAUGGUGUUCCUGUAAAUAUGCAGCAUCAGCCAUUAACAACUCUUGAACAAAAACGUCUUUUAGCCAGGAAAAGCAACACAACCUACUGCUAUGAUUUUCCUCUGGCUUUUGAAACUGCCUUGGAAAAAUCCUGGGCAUCCCAUCAACCAAGUGGAAAAUUCAAGGGAAAAUCUCUCCUUAAAAUCACAGAGCUUACAUUUUCCGACAAAAAUGGAAGCUGGGGCACCCCACUCAUGCCAAUCGAGCGUAACCCAGGUCUAAACGACGUAGGCAUGGUGGCCUGGACCAUGGAAAUGUCAACCCCAGAGUUUCCCAAUGGAAGAACAAUCUUAGUAGUUUCAAACGACGUAACCUUCAAAGCUGGAUCCUUCGGUCCAAGAGAAGAUGCAUUUUACCUCGCUGUAACCGAUCUCGCUUGUGCAAAAAAAAUCCCCUUAAUCUACUUAGCCGCAAAUUCAGGAGCUCGUAUCGGUGUCGCAGAGGAAAUCAAAUCCUGUUUCAAAGUUGGUUGGUCGGACGAAUCGAGCCCUGAGCGAGGCUUCCAAUACAUCUACUUAACACCCGAGGAUCAUGCAGUUAUCGGUUCAUCCGUCAUCUCACACGAGUUAAAACUCUCAAACGGAGAAACCCGAUUCGUAAUUGAUACCAUAGUUGGAAAAGAAGAAGGCUUAGGAGUUGAAAACUUAACUGGAAGUGGAGCCAUCGCAGGUGCUUAUUCGCGCGCAUAUAAGGAAACAUUUACGUUGACAUACGUUACGGGUAGAACCGUUGGUAUAGGUGCUUAUCUUGCUCGGCUCGGUAUGAGGUGUAUUCAGAGGCUAGACCAACCAAUUAUCUUAACAGGAUUCUCAGCACUGAAUAAACUUCUUGGCCGUGAGGUUUACAGCUCGCACAUGCAGCUUGGCGGGCCAAAAAUUAUGGCUACAAACGGAGUUGUUCACUUGACGGUUUCUGACGAUCUUCAAGGAGUAUCGGCUAUUAUUAAUUGGCUUAGCUACGUUCCACCUUAUUGUGGUGGUCCUCUCCCCAUUCUAGCCCCGACUGAUCCGACCCAUCGGGCGGUUGAGUAUUACCCGGAGAACUCGUGCGAUCCCCGGGCAGCUAUCUCAGGUAGUUUCGAUAGUAAUGGGAAAUGGCUCGGAGGUAUGUUCGAUAGAGAUAGUUUUGUCGAGACGUUAGAAGGAUGGGCGAGGACAGUUGUUACGGGAAGGGCGAAGUUAGGAGGAAUCCCGGUUGGAAUAGUUGCUGUUGAAACCCAAACUGUGAUGCAAGUAAUACCCGCGGACCCGGGUCAACUCGAUUCGCAUGAACGGAUUGUUCCUCAGGCGGGUCAAGUUUGGUUUCCCGAUUCUGCGACGAAGACCGCGCAGGCGUUGAUGGAUUUCAACCGAGAGGAGCUUCCGUUGUUUAUACUCGCAAAUUGGCGAGGAUUCUCGGGUGGUCAGAGGGAUCUUUUCGAAGGGAUUCUUCAAGCUGGUUCGACGAUAGUCGAGAAUCUAAGAACCUAUAAGCAACCUGUUUUCGUUUACAUUCCGAUGAUGGGCGAGCUUCGGGGAGGGGCGUGGGUUGUGGUCGAUAGUAGGAUAAACGAGGAUUAUAUAGAAAUGUACGCAGAGCGAACCGCGAAAGGAAAUGUUCUCGAGCCGGAAGGUCUGAUCGAGAUCAAGUUCCGGCCUAAGGAGCUUAUCGAAUGCAUGGGUAGGCUCGACAAACAAAUGAUCGAUCUUAAACAACGCUUCAGAGCUUGCGGGGACCAUGUAACCGCUCAGGCAAUUCAGUUACAAAUUAAAUCUCGGGAGAAGCAACUUUUACCAUUGUACACGCAGAUCGCGACGAAAUUUGCGGAACUUCACGAUACUUCUCUUAGGAUGGCUGCGAAAGGUGUGAUUAAAGAAGUAGUGGAUUGGGCCGGUUCCAGGGGUUUCUUUUAUAAGAGGUUGCGUCGUAGAGUUUCUGAAGGGGGGUUGGUUAGAAUUGCGAUGGAUGCGUCUGGAGGGCAGUUCGGUUAUAAGCAGGGUGCUGAGAUUAUCAAGAAAUGGUUUUUGGAAAAGCAUAGCGAAGAUGUGUGGGCGGAUGAUGAUGUGUUUUACGCUUGGAAAGAUAUAGCCGAGAAUUACGCUGAAAAGAUAAAGGAAUUACGCGCUGAAAAGGUGUUGAAUCAGUUAUCGAAAAUAUGCGAUGAAUCGGAAUUAGACUUGCAUGUUUUACCUCAAGGCCUUUCCGCCCUUCUAAGCAAGAUGGAACCUAAGAGCAGGAAGCAGUUUUUACUGGAGGAACUUCAGAAGGUGAGCGAUUAAUCAAUCGAAUUUUAAUAAUAUUUUUUCUUCUUUUGUUGGUUGAGUGACGUCGAUUCGGUUAGGAUUAUUCGAAAAGAAUCUCAAUAAGUUGGCCGCCUUAAGUGAGGAAGGAAGAACAGUACAUAUUUACUUGUGUGUGAUCUUCUGUCUAUCUAUUUUAUUAGCAUAGUAAUUGUUGGAGACAUCAAAUUAAUCUCAUGUAAUAAUAAAAGUUAUGUGUUAAUUUAAUUUGAAAA